GCACGCGCGCGUCUUUGAUGUCGUACAGGAUACUCUCAUCACAGUAAACUCUUUAAUAUUGUUACUCUCAAGUUAUUUGAUGAUAAUGAGUGAAUAGUUGACUAUAAGUUGUUGGUUGAGUUAUUAUCGGCUGCGCGGUUCGGUUUUUCACGUUCGGACUACUAGCUAACGUUCCGCGAGGGCGUAGCUAGUAGCGGAACGCUCUUUCUCUUUCUCGCUGCUCGCGCACUGUACGUGACGUCAAACCAGCAUGGCGGCCAAGGUGCAAUCUACCAAACGCGGGGACCCAAAUGAGCUGAAAUCUAUCUUCCAAAAGUACGCCAGUGUAGCGGACAAGGAUGGAGAGAAGUACAUGACCCCCGGAGACUUUGUCCAGAGGUAUCUAGGACUACACACGCAGAUCCACCACAACCCCAAAACUGUACAGCUCAUCGCUGCUGUGGCCGACACCACAAAGGACGGGCUGAUCUCGUUCCAGGAGUUUCUUGCGUUUGAAUCAGUGUUGUGUGCCCCCGACGCUCUCUUCAUAGUAGCCUUCCAGCUGUUUGACAAGAAUGGAACUGGAAACAUUUCCUUUGAGAAUGUGCGGGACAUCUUCAGCCAGACCACAGUGCACCACCACAUUCCCUUCAACUGGGACUGUGAGUUCAUCCGUCUGCACUUUGGCCACGAUCGCAAGAAACGCAUCAGCUACCUCGAGUUCACUCAGUUCCUGCAGGAGCUGCAGUUGGAGCAUGCACGCCAGGCGUUCGCCCAGAAGGACAAAGGGAAGGGUGGCGUCAUCUCCGCCAUGGACUUCAGUGACAUUAUGGCCACCAUCAGACACCAUAUGCUCACACCCUUUGUGGAGGAGAACCUUGUCUCCGCUGCAGGUGGCAGCACCUCUCACUUGGUCAGCUUCUCUUACUUCAACGCCUUCAACUCCCUCCUGAACAACAUGGAGCUGAUUCGCAAGAUCUACAGCACACUGGCUGGCACGCGGAAGGACACACUCGUGACUAAAGAGGAGUUUGUUCAUGCUGCCAACAAGUUUGGGCAGAUCACUCCCAUGGAAAUUGACAUCCUGUACCAGUUGUCAGGGUUGUUCUCCGCCUCUGGGCGCCUGAAUCUUUCUGACAUUGAGAGGAUAGCUCCGUUAGAGGAAGGAUGCCUGCCCCAUCACCUGGCGGAAACCCAAAAGCAGGCCCAUGGGGAUGGUUCCAGGUCUGUGUUGCUCCAGGUAGCAGAGUCCUCCUACAGGUUCAGCCUGGGCUCCAUCGCUGGAGCUACGGGAGCAACGGCGGUGUACCCCAUCGACCUGGUGAAGACUCGUAUGCAGAACCAGAGGUCCACAGGAUCCUUUGUCGGAGAGCUGAUGUACAAGAACAGCUUUGACUGUGCUAAGAAGGUGCUUCGAUACGAGGGCUUCUUUGGCUUCUAUAGAGGCCUGGUGCCUCAGCUUAUAGGUGUAGCACCUGAGAAGGCAAUCAAACUCACAGUGAAUGACUUUGUAAGAGACAAGUUCACCAACAAGGACGACGCGAUUCCUUUUUGGGCUGAGGUCAUGGCUGGCGGCUGUGCUGGAGGCUCGCAGGUGAUCUUUACCAACCCUCUGGAGAUAGUGAAGAUCCGCCUGCAGGUGGCAGGCGAGAUCACCACUGGGCCUCGAGUCAGCGCUCUCAGCGUGGUUCGGGACCUGGGCUUCUUCGGCCUCUACAAGGGUGCUAAAGCAUGUUUCCUGAGAGACAUCCCCUUCUCUGCCAUCUAUUUCCCUGCGUAUGCCCACCUCAAGACCCAGUUUGCUGAUGACCAAGGCAGGCUGGGAGCUCUGCAGCUGCUGACUGCUGGAGCGAUUGCAGGUAUCCCUGCGGCCUCCCUCGUGACGCCCGCCGACGUCAUCAAGACGCGUUUGCAAGUUGCAGCGAGGGCGGGACAGACCACCUACUCAGGAGUCAUCGACUGCUUCAGGAAGAUUAUGAGAGAGGAGGGGUUCAGGGCUUUGUGGAAGGGAGCUGGAGCUCGUAUGUGCCGGUCUUCUCCUCAGUUUGGUGUGACUCUGGUGACCUAUGAGCUCUUACAGCGGUGGUUCUACAUUGACUUUGGAGGACAUCGUCCGUCAGGCUCCGAGCCCACACCCAAGUCUCGUAUCUCGGAGCUUCCUCCCAUCAACGCCGACCACGUCGGAGGCUACCGCCUGGCCGCAGCCACCUUUGCCGGGGUGGAGAACAAAUUUGGCCUCCACCUUCCCAAAUUCAAGUCCUCCGGCGUGGUCUCCAUACAUCACCCAGAGCCAGUCGCUUCGACGCCUGCUCAGGCCCCAUAGAGGUCUGAAUCUCCAUAUCACUUUGCCAUCCCUCUCCUCCUCCCAGGAGCCAGGCACUUAUAGAUACACAGACAAAAUACACAUUUUUAAACACACUCCACACAUAGGGGCCAUUCAUUUAGGAACAAACACCAGAGUAACUGUGUGCUCCACUGGCCCCCAGCCAGAGGUGGAGGUGGAGGUGGAUGGUUAGGCUGCAGCUGUGGAUGGAAGCGAGCAGACAGCAGCGGGACUGGACCGCUGACUGUGUUGUAUCUUCAGUGGCUGAACGCUCCUGGCAUCUCCAUCUUUUGUGUUUCACUCCAGCAUUCGACUAAAAAUGAAGCCUCCGGCGCUCCUUUUCUCUCUCAUGAGUAGCUGAUUUGAUUUUUAUUAUGUUUUUCUGUCUGAUUCUCAGUGCAAGUAGGACUUCUCUUAUUGGACGGUGGGCAUAGGAUAUAUUAGAUUGGUCAGCAUGGUGCGUGGGGCUUCACUCUCGAUUGGUCCUCCCACUGGAGGCUACACACUGUACAUAUUGUAUAACUGUACUGAGACAGCACAUUGACAGGAAGGGAAAUGUUACAAGGCAGAGCUCUGUACAGUUACUGUAAUGUUAUGGCAACGCGGUUGUGGUCUCUGAGAAUCACUCUUACUGAUGUACAGAACUUUUCAAUUGUGUUUUCUUGAUAAAACAAGAAUCAUGAGAUGAGAAAUUAGAUAUUAAUAAAUUAAAUGUAUCUCAA